GAGCGGCCCAGAGUGGCGAGUCGGCAGCAGACAUGUCGCACAACAACUCCGCUGUGCUGUAAUGCGCUGAGUUGUCCGAAAAGUGGCCACAAAUCCCGACGGGACAUUAUCGCGACACAAAACGCGUCCGAGUGGUUUCGGUAGCGACGUUCCCGAUAUUUUCUAUUGGAAAAGCAGAGCAAAGCAGCGCAAACGCACCCGAGUGUUGGGCUGGCUAGCUGGGAAGCUCCGGAGAAGUCUCGUCGCAGCUCGUUUCACAGCCAUGUCCACGGCCGGAGACUUCGGAAACCCGCUCAGGAAAUUUAAAUUGGUCUUCCUCGGGGAACAAAGCGUGGGGAAGACCUCGCUGAUCACCAGGUUCAUGUACGACAGCUUCGACAACACUUACCAAGCCACGAUAGGAAUCGAUUUCCUGUCGAAAACUAUGUACCUCGAAGACAGAACAAUCAGGUUGCAGUUGUGGGAUACGGCAGGCCAAGAGCGAUUUCGUAGCCUCAUCCCGAGUUACAUCAGAGACUCCGCCGCCGCCGUCGUAGUGUACGACAUCACAAAUGUCAACUCCUUCCAGCAAACCACCAAAUGGAUCGAUGACGUGAGAACGGAGCGGGGAAGUGACGUCAUCAUCAUGCUGGUGGGAAACAAGACGGACCUUGCAGACAAAAGGCAAGUAUCUAUUGAGGAGGGGGAGCGGAAAGCCAAAGAACUAAAUGUAAUGUUUAUUGAGACUAGUGCGAAAGCUGGCUACAACGUCAAGCAGCUCUUCCGUCGCGUGGCCGCCGCCCUCCCCGGCAUGGACAGCACACAGGACAAGAAUAGAGAGGACAUGAUCGACAUCAAGCUGGAGAAGCCGCCGGAGCAGCCCGCCAGCGAGGGCGGUUGCGCCUGCUAGUGGCCGCGCGUCACCGCCUGGGAAACGGGCAAAUCUUACUGGGCUCGUCUGUCUGCAUCUGUCCCCUUCGCUACAUCCGCCUGACUCGCCGAAACCGAGGAGCCGCGUCAAACCUCUCGGAUCCCAUUUUUUGAAAACGUUUUCGCCGCUUGAGCUCGGACGUCUCGGCUGCGCCGUCUGCGCUGUCCUUUCCGUUGGGACGGCGGAGGUGUCGCGAGCGGGAUGAGACGUGGCGGCAUUCGUUACAGUAAACAUUACUUUUGGAACCAAAUGGCAAAUAUGGGUAUCAAGGCAUCAAAUGGAAUUAGCAUGUAAAAUAAAUAAAGAGCCUGGCGUUCGCAGUAUCAAGUGCAACGUGGACAUGUUAGCGUGACCUCGCGAGGAUUCUUUCGUCAUCUGUGUUAUCGCCAAACUACUCUUCUGUGACGUGGAAAUGAUUGCACUCAAAGCAAACCCGGCGCCACUAUCGACACGCCGAACCAAACUUUGCCAGCGAGGUCAGCCAGCUCCUGAUAAUUCCCAGCAUGGCACGAAAGAAAAGCGCACACGCAAAAAUUCGUCCUCACUGCACCUCACCUUUGACCGUCCUCACACGUUUGAAUUUUUUCUUUCUCUUCUCUUGGUUUCUACCCGUUUUAUUUGGAUAGAUUUUCUUUUCUCAUAUUGUUAGAUGAUAGUGUUUUGAUAGACUUUCUCAUAUAUACAAAGUCAUUCUUCUAAAAUCCCACUGCAAACAUGAGAAGCGUCUCCGCUUGUGCGCGUUUCAAAGUAAAACGAGGGCUUCCUUUCUAGUUCGGUUGGUUCAAGACUUCCUUUUUGCUUGUUUUGAUUUUGGUGUUGAUCUUUUUGUUAGUGAUUUAAUUGAAUCCACAACGACUUGGUAUAUUUAUUUCUACUGGGUUUUUAUUUCUUUUUUUUUUUCUGACUUAAAUUCUUGAUCUGCUAACAAAAAUGUUCCUGUAUCUAGCUCAUCAUUAACAGAUGAAAAUGUCUGUCAAACAUGUUUCGUCUCGCACCGCUAAAUUGUUGGUGUUCAUUGUGCAAUUUUAGUUUGUGUCAACAUCUGGAGGAAGUUCUAGAGCAUAGUUUCUGUUUGAAAUUGAUUUCAAUGAAACAAAUAAAUAAAAUGAACUUGUUA